AAUUGGCAAUUCCCAUGCUGUUGGAUCGCUUUGUGGGAGGGAGGUGAGUGAAUAAAGCUAGAAGGGCUCCCGCUUCAAAAUGCUUUGCAUCGAUUCAUCAUCUCCCCAGUACAUAUCAAACCAUGAAUAUACCCUCCACCACCUCCGACGACACCCGUAUCGUCGUUCAUUUCUCCGGCAUCCCCACUCAUCGCACCAUCCACCUCGAUCAUCGCGACCAAUCAACCACACCUCUCCUCCCCUCGCCUAAACCCUCCGUCUCCGACGACUUCCGCAGCCUCCAGCCGAGCCUCAAAUGGUGCGCCCUCGACCACUCCUCCCCCGCCGCCAAGAUCAUCUCUUACGUCGUCUUCCUGUUCUUCGCCCUCCUCAUCCCCGCCGCCGCGUCCCUCUCCGUCGGCGUCCCCGCCACUGCUCCCUCCGGCGAUCCCACCUCCUUCAACAAACUUGUACAGCUCCCGGAAUCCACCCUGGCCGCGAUCGCCUUCCUCACCCUGUCCCGGUUCUUCGAGCGCAAUCACAAUGGCGACAUUUCCGCCGUCCGCGGUGGCUACACGAAGGAGCUGGACAAGGCUUUCCAGUACCUGGGCUGCAUUCUGCUGCCGUCGUUCGUUGUGCAGGUGGUGCACAAGGUGGCCGUCUUCUCCGCCGUGACUGUGAAUUUUUUCCCGGGGAAAUGGGUGGUGUUUGGGUUGGUGUUGGGGUCGUGGGUGUACAGGACGGGGGUGUUCUUGCUGGUGUGCGUGGUUUUCCGGCUGAGGUGCGAGGCAGAGUUGCAGAGGUUGGAAGGGUUAGGGAGGAAGCUGAGGGAGGGGGCGGCGGUGGCGGUGGCGGAGGUGUUUGAGGAGCACAAGAGGAUAAGGGAGGAGUUGGGGGAGACAAGCCACGGGUACAGGUUCUUCAUUAUUGGGUGCUUGGUAACCAUGACUGUGAGUCAGCUGGGUGCUCUGUUACUGGUUUUGGCUUCCAAAUCCCACAAGAAUUUCUUCAACUCUGGUGAUCUUGUGAUAUGUUCAGUAGUACAACUAAGCGGGUUCUUCUUGUGUUUAAUGGGGGCUGCAAGAAUCACUCACAGAGCUCAAGGUAUCGUCUCAGUUGCAGCCAAAUGGCAUCUGCACAUCAUCUGUGCCGCCGCUGCAAGUAAACCUCCGGCUCCCAUAUGCGGCGGCGACUCCCGCUCCCACUCUCCGGAAACUUUCAUCACUACUGCUUUAUCAUCAGAAGACCCUUCCUCUUUCCAAGCCAGGCAAGCUUUAGUGACAUACUUGCAACACAACAAUGGUGGAAUUACACUUUUUGGAUUUGCACUUGAUCGUGGUCUUCUUCAUACACUCUUUGCAUUUGAGUUCUCUUUGGUGCUAUGGAUAUUAAGCAAAGUGAUUGUUCUUCAUUCCUAAAUUAAACACUAAUGAUUUAUUUGAUACAUAAGAAAAAUAAAAAAUGAAAUGAAAUAAAAUAAAAUAAAUUUGAUCUUUA